ACCCAGUCCGGCAGCAUCAACAACAUCUUCAUGCACUUCUACGGCGUGAGCGCCUUCGCCAUCGACUGGCUCUCCAUGAGCUACAUGCUCACCUACAUCCCCCUGCUCUUCCCCGUCGCCUGGCUGCUGGACAAGAGGGGCCUGCGCUUCAUUGCCCUGGCCGGCUCGGCCCUCAACGCUCUGGGCGCCUGCGUGAAGCUGGGCAGCCUGAAGCCGCACCUCUUCCCCAUCACCGUCCUGGGGCAGGUCAUCUGCUCCCUGGCCCAGGUCUUCAUCCUGGGCAUGCCCUCCCGCAUCGCCUCUGUCUGGUUCAGCUCCCGCGAGGUCUCCACCGCCUGCUCCAUCGCUGUCUUUGGGAACCAGCUCGGCAUUGCUGUGGGCUUUCUGGUCCCUCCAGUUCUGGUUCCCAAUGUGGAGGAUGUGGAGAAGCUGGCUUACCAUAUCAGCAUCAUGUUCUUCAUGACUGCAGGCGUGGCAACAGCCCUAUUCAUCCUGGUCAUCAUAGUCUUCAAGGAGAAGCCCCCGCACCCUCCGAGCCGAGCUCAGGCCUUGAUCCAGUCAAGACUGACAGAGGAGUAUUCCUACGUGCAAUCAAUCCUCCGUCUCCUCCGCAAUGCCAACUUUUUGCUGCUUAUGGUCACUUACGGUCUGAAUACAGGUUGCUUCUACGCCCUGUCCACUCUGCUGAACCGCGUGGUGAUCCAUCACUACCCAGGGGAGGAGGUGAAUGCUGGCAGGAUCGGACUCACCAUUAUACUGUCGGGGAUGGUUGGGGCUCUGAUCUCCGGCAUCUGGUUGGACAGAACCAAAACGUACAAACAGACAACACUAGUCGUCUAUGUCAUGUCUCUGGUGGGAAUGAUAACCUACACCUUCACUCUGAGCCUAGGCCACCUCUGGGUGGUGUUUGUGACUGCAGGCAUGCUGGGGUUUUUCAUGACAGGAUACCUUCCCCUGGGCUUUGAGUUUGCUGCAGAGUUGACAUACCCAGAAUCAGAAGGAACAUCAUCAGGGCUCCUUAAUGUCUCAGCACAGAUUUUUGGUAUCGCCUUCACCAUUGGCCAAGGACAAAUCAUUGAUCACUUUGGGACGAAGGCAGGAAACCUCUUUCUUUGUUCCUUCCUGUUCCUGGGGACCAUUAUGACAGCAUUCAUUAAGGCUGAUCUCCGAAGACAGCAGGCCAAUUUGGAUAAUGAACAGACAAGACUCCAAGGCAUCAAUCAGAUCACGGAUUAUGGGACUGUAGCUUGUAACCCUAACCCUAUGAAUUCCCAUUCCUGCUCACUAGCUCAUACACAAAGGUAG